AAACCCAUUACUCUGGCUGGCAUAUAAAUGAUCAAAACCCACUAUCCCUUGUACAAAUCCAAAGGCAGAGUGGUUUCCAUUCCAAAUGUAAAGAAAAGCUCCUAAAGAAAUUGAUCAACUUUAUACAAAAUUCUAUGGUGGCAAGAGACCAGCUGUAAGAAUGAGAAUGCUACCCCUUUCAUACUGCAGAAAAAUUACAGAAACUAUGAGGGUACCAAGCAGUGCAUCUCUGUAGCUAACAAUGGCAUCCUGACAACAAGGUCCCAAUGAGUUGCUGCCUUUGAAACGGAUUAAUUUGUGUUUUGUUCAGUAGAUGUCAAGGAUAUUUGUCCAGAGUGGCAGGUUUAUGGAGGGGAAUUGUAAUCAAACAUUUACCAUCUGAAGCACAGCAAUUCUCACUUGCUGGGAUGCUUUCUGUGGCAAUAAAAGUUUUGGAGAAAGAAGUUAUGCCAAAGCUAAAGGGGAAAUCAAAAGCCAGUUCAGAUUCCAUUCUUGCAAAGUUCCUGCGGACAUAUGAAAAGCACUGCAUGAUGUCCCAGACUUCUGUCAGCCUGAGUAUUAAACAAGGCAUACAGAAAUGUAUAGCAAAUGAUACGUUAAUCACUAAGUUUGUGCUUUCCAAUGUGGAAACAGCAUCGGGGAAAUUGCAUCCUGUGUCUCUCACUCCUCUCCUAAGGACAAUUCGAGAUGAACGAUAUCAGUUGGGAAAUGAGCUCUGUGUGUGGGGAAUUCAGAUUCAUCCUCAAGAUAUUGCUAACCUUGCAAUUUUACUAGAACUAGAUGGGCGUACCAUCUAUCCAUUUUCCAAAUUAGAAAUCACUUACCAUGUCUUAGACCUCUGGAGCAUGGAGAGACUUGGAAUCGCUUUACCUUACAGCAAUCUGAAUUCCCUUGUACUGGAUUAUUCCAAGUGUGGAGAUGAUGGUGUGAAUAAACUUAUUUGUGGAUUAGAGGGGAACAGAAAGCUUUUAACUCUCAGCCUCUGUUACUGUGAUUUAGGACCUCAAAGUGGAACAACAUUAGCAACUCUUAUAAUCCAGACUGCCAUUUGCAACCUGCUUCUCAGUGGUAACCACUUGCAAUGUUUGGGUGCUGCAGAACUCCUCAAACCAUUAGCAGAAUAUGCAAAAAACUUUCAACAAGAAAAAAAGACAAAUGCUUUGGUGUGCAGCAAUAGUACUUCCCGCGACACCCUUGAAGCAAAUGAAGAUGAAAAUAUUAAUUCAAAAAUUGUUAAUAAAAAUACCACCUCCAAAGCAAACAACUCUACUGUUACUGCAUUAGAAAGCACUAGGAAGAAAAAGAAGACAAAAGGCUUAAAGAAGAAAAGUAAGAAACAUGACCCUGGUCCAUGGUUAGCUAAACUGCAUUUGGCUGAUAAUGGCAUAGAUAGAAGGUUUAAGCAAAGAGAAGAAAACAUGUGGGAAUUCAUUCAGCUUUUGAUUAGUCUAAUCAAGAAUUCCGACUACCUAGUGGAAGUUGAUAUCAAUGGCAAUGCUAUAGGAGAGCAGUGUGCAGUCCAGAUAUUGGAAGCUCUCAAGGACCGAAAGAAAGAAGAAAUGCCACGCUUAAAAAUUAAGGUAACCCCCCAGAUUUCAUCAGUAACCUUUGAGGAAAUUUUCAAGAUUUGCUCAAAAAAGAGUCCAGCUAAAAAAAGAAAGAAGAAAAUCAAGGGAUAAUAAAGUUUCCAUGUGCUUUCAGAAGAUGUUAAUUUCAAGAGGUUAACAGACCUCAGCAAAUGUUUACAUGAUGUUCUACAUUUUGUAAAUACUAUGCUGUGCUCUCAAAGUUUCUUCUUAUGAAUGUACAGAACAGCUUGGCAUAUUUAUAACACUUCUAACACGUUUUAUUUAUUGAAUUAAAAUUAUGCAACUGCCUAAAAAUAAAAAUAGCCAAAAAAAUAAAAAAAAAUAAACACACUGCACAACUUAACACUCACACUGGCUUUCUUCUAUUAUUUUGAAGUGGUAUGCCAAUAUUAUUUACAAAUGUGUACACACUGUCCUGUAAAGUUUACAUAUCCCCAGGUGCUUUGUUUGUAUGCUAAUCAGAAUAACAGAAACUUUAUGCCUUUGUAAAUUCGAAGGAUUUCAUGGCCGGCAUCCAUAGCUUUUUGUGGGUUUUUCAGGCUAUGUGGCCAUGUUCUAGAAGAGUUUCUUCACCACAAACCCACAAAAAACUAUUUAUUCCUUUGUGUUAUACA